AUGUCGGAGAGAGUUCCCGCCAAGCGAACUGCAUCUGAUCGCGCUGAUUGGGACAGCAAACAACGCGGAGAUCCAGAGCCAGAUCCGGAGCCACCAGCGGCACCACCGGUCAUAAUUCUCUCCGAAAACGGCAAGGUGGGAACGACUGCGCCACAGGCUCAGCCGUACCAAGCGACGUCACCUCAAAAGUCUCCCACUGCUUCGCGCUACAACUUGCGCAUACGAACAGGAAGUCAACCUACUGCUAGAGGAAAGGAACAUGAUUCUCCUGACGAUCCCUUUCCAGCUGCCCCUCCAGUGAUAAUAUUGUCCAACAAACGACACGCAUCGAGUUCACCACCGCGAUCACCUCCCCCUACUCCCAGCAACCAGCUAUUGCCCAACUCCGAUCCCAACUCCUCAACCGUAAACCCAUUGGCGAAACAUAUUGGACAACCUCCUUCAAGCCCGAACACCGCGCCUGCGUCACCCACAUACCACAAACACGCCAUGGGCUCCAAAUCUUCGAAGCUCGCACCCUCUCAUGGCAAGCUGCAGCCUUCGCAAGAUAAGCAGGACAAGGCAGAAAUGGCUGAACCGACCAACUACUACUCGCAUCGCAGCAAGAGUAUGAUGGAGGAAGGCUGGAAAGACUGGUGCUACUAG